AUGUCGGAUGAUUUGGCUAGAGUGGUAGUUGAAGAUGUUAAAGAUGCCACAACUCUAGUUCCAGUGCCUACAGAGGAGGUCAAAAUAGUUGGAGAGGCACUAGGAACAUUCAUCUCAUGGCCUAAACAUUUAGUUAAGGUUCAUAGCAGACAAAAGUCCCCAGUUGCAUGUGCUUUUAGCCAUGAGACCCAUUCCCAGCCCCAACCCAAGCAAAGUUUUAGUCCAAUUCAUGAGUUGGCUGGCAUAGUCGAAGAUCUUUUUCAAAAACCACUUGUCAUUCCUUGGGAUAAAACAGUCUUCAAUGUUGACAGUAGUGAUAUACCACUAUAUGUCCAUAUGAACGAUGUGUACGAAAUCAUCCAGGGGCAUCAGAUGCUGAACAUUACAGUUAUUCAACUAUGGAUACUGUAUUUAGACGAAUAUGUUUCCAAAACAGGGAAUGAUGAUGUCUAUGGUUUCCUUAAGCCUCAACAUAUACAAAAGUCUGGAAAUAAACAUAUGAAAUGUCAAACGUACAUUCAAAAUUGGAUGGGGAAAUCAAAGAAAAGAAUUUACAUGGCACCUUAUAUUCAUGCUGCUUUGAAUGUGUACAAUGUGUUGGGUGGUAAAUCAACUUCAUCUUCACAAAAUUUCAAAGUGAUUACUGCUAAGUGUAAUAUCCAAAAAAGAAGUUUUGAGUGUGGAUACUAUGUCAUGUACUGGAUGUGGACCAUAGCUCGUGCUGCUCUAAAAGAUUCUUGGGAUGAGGUUGAUGAAGUAAGGACUGAAUGGGCCAAAUACUUCUUGCAACUUAAAAAUGUUUAUAUGUAA